AAAUAAAUAUUAAGUGCUGAACUACAAACAUGUCAGCGCCCAUGAAAACGAAAAUGCAAUCAACUUUAUUCAAAUUAAAUAUUUGGCAAAGAUUGUGUUCAUAUAGAUGUUAUUCAACACUUAAGAAGAACAUUAAUGAUAUACUUAACCAGUCAUGUGAAAAUGGAAAGUUGCCAGUUUCAACUGAGGGUUGGAUAAAAUCAUUAAGAAAGCAAAAGAAGUUCACAUUCUUUCAUUUGAAUGAUGGCUCAAGCAGUACAAGUCUUCAAGUUGUAAUUGAUUCACAGCUAUGUGACAGGUUGAUAUCAACUGGUUGUAGUGUACAUGUUGAGGGUGACCUUGUCAAAAGUCAUGGUCAAGGUCAAGCAGUAGAGGUUCAAGCUUCUAGUGUCAGGGUUAUUGGACAAUGUGAUAAUGAUGAAUACCCACUGAAGGCAAAGAGUAAUUAUACAGUAGAAUAUACUAGGCAACUUCUUCAUCUUCGACCUAGGACAGAACAUCACAGUAACCUACUCAAGCUUAGAAAUACAGCCUCUAUGGCUGUCCAUAAAUACUUCCAGGAUCAAGGCUAUCUGUUCAUACAUACACCAAUUAUAUCUUCUAAUGACUGUGAAGGGGCUGGAGAAACUUUUUCUGUUGAGACAGAUGUAUCAAAAUUACCUAUACAAGAAGACAAACCAGAACAGACCAAUCAAGAUAGUAAAUCUUUCUUUGGACAUCCUGCUUACCUGACAGUAUCUGGCCAGCUGCAUUUAGAAGCAGCAACAGGUGCAUUUAGAAAAGUAUAUAACUUUGGUCCAACAUUUAGAGCAGAGAAUUCAGUAGGCAGACAUCAUUUAGCAGAGUUUUACAUGAUAGAAGCGGAACUUGCUUUUACAGAGACACUUGAAGAUAUAAUGAAGGAAAUGGAAAGUCUGGUAAAGCACACAUGUUACACUAUGAUAGACAGUCAUGAGAGUAUAGUAGACUAUUUCUGGAAAUUGUCGAGUCAUUCUGAACAAAAGUCUAUAUCUACUAGACUUAUUGAAUCAAACUUUAUAAGGAUGACAUAUUCAGAAGCUAUCAAAGUAUUGGAAAGAAAAAAUGAUAUAUUUAAGUUUAAAGCUUAUUGGGGUUGUGAUCUACAAAAAGAACAUGAGAAGUAUCUGGUGAAACAUUGCAACAAUGUUCCUGUAUUUGUUACAGAUUUCCCAGCCUCCCUUAAACCAUUUUAUGCUAGAAGAAACAGUGAGGAAAAUACAGUAGCUGCUGUAGAUUUACUGGUACCGGAAGUUGGUGAGCUGUUUGGAGGGAGUCUUAGAGAAGAAAGAUAUGACAUAAUCAAGUCAAGAUUAGAUGAUCUACAACUAACAGAAUCUUAUCAAUGGUAUCUUGAUUUAAGAAGAUAUGGCAGUGUAACACAUGGUGGAUUUGGAAUGGGCUUUGAGAGACUUCUUCAGUGUUUUCUAGGAAUAAAUUCUAUAAAAGACACUAUACCUUUUCCUCGAUGGAUCCAUCAUUGCUCAUUAUGAUCCAGUAUUAAUUUAACUUACAUUAUCAUAUUAACUUACUAUAGACAUGGUAUCUUGCCUGCAAUUAACAUUGACAUGUAUCAGUACUGAAACAUGUUAUUAAUUUAUUAAAUGUAUAAUAUGCUAGAUCUGUAACAUAUAAGUAUGUCCCAAUCAUUUGCCUUGGCUCCUGUCAGGGAUCAUAAGCUGAAACAAGAAUACAAUCCCCUGAACUGAUUAAAAAGUGUGUAACAAUCAUUGAUGAUUACUUUGAUCAAUCUUUAUUGUUAAUUUAUUAUAAUAAUAAUCGUGUUACAAAAAUCUAGUAAAUAUAUGUAUUGUUUUUAACUUUAUUUUAAAAUAUUGAAAGAUGUUCAUAGAUGUAGUGUGUCAAAUGAUUUUCCAAGUUAAUUUUCAAAUUGAAAUCUUAAUUGUUGAUAAUUGCAAUUAUAUUUGUGUAUGUUUAUGAAAGCUAUAUAUGCAGAGACUACAUAGUGUUGUGUUGAAUCUCAUUUUAUGUUCAAACUUUAGAUAAAUAAGAUAAAUAAUUAUAUACAGAAAAAUAUAUGUAAUAUGUUUUCAUUUUUAAACUUCGCUUCAAAAGGAAGGUGGUAUUAGUUUAGUUGAAACAUAAUUGAUUGUACUGAAAAUUUGAAGCUUACUAUGAUAUUUCAACUAUUUUCCAAUCCGUCUCAUCGAUUCCUUUGAGAAGCAUUGGGAUUGUCUAUACCCAAGUACUGCUCGAACCCACAAAAAUAACUACUCCGUUUUUAGCUCGACUAUUUGAAGGAUAUGGAGAGCUAUCGUACUUAACCAGACGUUGGCGUCACUGUCACUGUUUGAUAAGAUUUCCGUUUCCAAAACUACCGGAGGGAAACUUUCUUUACUUGUUUGAUAGCAUAAUAGGUCACUUUUCCAGGCUCAUAACUUUAAAAUGAAUUUUGACGGAAUA